AUGGCAGAGGAUGUUCGACAAGAUGAGGAGGCGGCACUUGCCGCAGUGCACUGCCGUCCCGAAGCCAUGCGAUAUGUACACGAGGACCUUCGCCGGAAUCGGGAUUUCAUUUUGAAGGCUGUGGGAAGGGCAGGAGCCGCGCUAGCUUACGUGCCGCAGCAGUUUCGCAAAGACCGCGAGAUUGUUCUUGCCGCUGUGCAGCAUGACGGCAUUGCACUGGCCUACGCAGCAGCCGACUUGCAAGUCAACCGCGAGGUAGCACUGGCUGCUAUAGCCCGGAAUGUUCGGGCAGCAGUGGAUGCAUCCCUCUGGCAGGAUCGACACUUUGCGUUAGCUGCCAUUGAGCGAAACAGUGAGGCGCUGCUGAGAUGUCCUCACCAUUUCCAGGAGGAUCGCAUGUUCCUGUACGAUGCUGUUCAAAGGAAUGGCGACGCGCUGCGUUUCACCGACGAGAUCUUCCGUUACGACCAUUCGCUGGUUCUUGCAGCUAUUCGAAAUGAUGGCACUGCUCUGCGGUAUGCGGGCGAGUUCAUGCGCCAAGACCGCCAGUUCCUUCACGAAGCAUUGAGUCACAACGCAAUGGCGUUGCCCUAUGUUCCCGAGGAUCUGUGGUCUGAUCGCUCCUUCCUGCUUGCAGCAGCUCGUCGAAACCCUGAUGCGCUGCUACAGGUCGACGAGGAAAUUCGGGCCGACUUGAACUUCAUGCUGGCCGCGGUGGGUGAACGUGGUCAAGCACUGGCAUCUUGUGCUGACAACUUGCUGGCUGAUUCGGACUUCUUGCUCCAAGCUGUGGAGGCCAAUGCGGAGGCUCUUGCUUAUGUUCCCAGGAGGUUCCGCAAGGACUCUGAUUUUGUGCUGUCUGCAGUGAAGAAGAACGGUGCUGCUCUUCGCUAUGCUGAUGAUGCUUUCCGGGACGAAGAGAAAAUCGUGCUCACCGCGUUGCAGCGGAAGCCGGAGGCUGGAGAUCUCUGA